UGUGCUGCAGCCUGAUAUGGGGAAAAAGUCCAAGUACAAAACCACAGUGAAGAAGAAAACUCUCAAUCCCGAGUUUAAUGAGGUACUUCCACCCGCUCUGAGCACCACAAUACACUCUCCCUAAUACAUAAACCAAUACCUGGCAACCUUCCAGUAAACUAAUAUCUGGCAUUCUCCCAAUAAACACAUACCGAUGUAGGAUCUUAAUUUGAGCAGUUUGCUACAGCAGGACAAUUAUCCUGUAGCAACAAGAAAUUUGAAUUAUUAUAUAAUUAAUGAAAAUUUUUGGGGUUCAUACAUUUUUCGUUAGGGCAAAUCAAGUCUGAAAUUUCAAAGUGGAAUUCACAAACUUUAGAAGCCUUUUUAAAACUCAAAUACCCUACAAGUUUGCAUUUCCUGCAGUGCAGGAACAUUCUCAGCAACAAAAGUGUGAUCAAAUUAAGAUCCUACAUCUGUAUUUGGCAACCCAUUUCUCUGACUCACAUUUGGCAACUAGAUGUGCAAAAUAUAUAAUAUAUUAUACUAAUGUUGUUUGUUGAAUUAUACGCCCUUGGAAGGGAUGGAAAGCUAUAGCCUACCCCUUCUUAUGCAUUUGUGAAUACAUUAUUGUCCCAUGCAUUUACACUACCGGUCAAAGGUUUUAGAACACCUACUCGUUCAAGAGUUUUUCUUUAUUUUUACUAUUUCCUACAUUGUAGAACAAUAGAGAAGACAUCAAAACGAUGAAAUAACACAUAUGGAAUCAUGUAGUAAACAAAAAAGUGUUACAAAUCAAAAUAUAUUUUAUAUUUGAGAUUCAUCAAAUAGCCACCCAUUGCCUUGAUGACAGCUUUGCACACUCUUGGCAUUCUCUCAACCAGCUUCACCUGGAAUGCUUUUCCAACAGUAUUGAAGGAGUUCCCACAUAUGCUGAGCACUUGUUGGCUGCUUUUCCUUCACUCUGCGGUACGACUCAUCCCAAACCAUCUCAAUUGGGUUGAGGUCGGGGGAUUGUGGAGGCCAGGUCAUCUCCAUCGCUCUCCUUCUUGGUAAAAUAGCCCUUACACAGCCUGGAGGUGUGUUGGGUCAUUGUUCUGUUGAAAAACAAAUGAUAGUCCCACUAAGCCCAAACCAGAUGGGAUGGCGUAUCGCUGCAGAAUGCUGUGGGAGCCAUGCUGGUUAAGUGUGCCUUGAAUUCUAAAUAAAUCACCAGCAAAGCACCCCCACACCAAAACACCUCCUCCUCCAUGCUUUACGUUGGGAAAUACACAUGCAGAGAUCAUCCGUUCACCCACACCGCAUCUCACAAAGACAUGGCGGUUGGAACCAACGUUCUCCAAUUUGUGGACUCCAGACCAAAGGACAAAUUUCCACCGGUCUAAUGUCCAUUGCUCGUGUUUCUUGGCCCAAGCAAGUCUCUUCUUCUUAUUGGUGUCCUUUAGUAGUGGUUUCUUUGCAGCAAUUCGACCAUGGUUUUGAUGUCUUCACUAUUAUUCUACAAUGUAGAAAAUAGUAAAUAUAAAGGAAAACACUUGAAUGAGUAGGUGUCCUAAAUCUUUUGACCGGUAGUGUAAUUCCAUAAUUUUAUUCCAAAUGCAGAGUACUGUAUACAGUAUGUGCCAUAAUUUGAAAACAUGUUCCAUCUCCUUCAAGACUGCAUAACUACGCACCCUACCAUCAACAUGAAUUUAAGUCAAUACAUGUUUCACAUUCAAUGUUAAACAUAAUCUGAAUAACUUUCCGCUAAGUGUGAAUACAUCUUUCUCUCUCGCUACCUCUGUUCCUUACAGGAGUUUGUGUAUGAAGUUCCACACGACCAGCUGGCGAAGAAAACCCUGGAGAUCUCCGUAUGGGACUAUGAUCUGGGGAUGAGCAACGACUUCAUAGGUAAGAGAAAGGGGGAGUGGGUGAAAUGAGGAGAGAGGUAGAGAGCGAGAAAUAUAGCUAAAGAAAAUAAUGUAAAUAGAAUAUGUGGGUGCGAGGAGGAGAGCAACGCGGGCCACAGUGUGAUGAGCAAUGACGUCAUAGGUAAAAGAGAGGGAGGGAGAAGAGGAGAAGAAGAAAUAGUGAAAGGAUGGAAGAACUGAAGAGGGGGAUGAAAUGAAAGCGAGAGCGACAGAAAGGAGUACUCAAUCCCUCAACGGGGUGACACGUCGGAUUCCCACUGCUUUGUGAGGCACUAAACGGCUCUGACGUGGCCCGGCUUGUACUGUAUAUCACAGGAGGCAGGAGUGAGGGAGAACCGGUGGGGAGGCAGCUGGGGGAGAAUGGAUUGUAGGGAUCUGGAAGGCCUUGAGAUCAAAGUGUUUUACUCCCGUCUGGAGGCUCCCUGUAACAGGCUGAGUCUCUCUCUCUUUCCGACUGUCUCCCUAGUGCCCUCUCUCUCUCUCUCUCUCUCUCUCUCUCUCUCUCUCUCUCUCUCUUGCUCUCUAUCUAUCUCUCUCUCUCUCUCUCUCUCUCUCGCUCUCUAUCUCUCUCUCUCUCUCUCUCUCUCUCGCUCUCUCGCUCUCUCGCUCUCUCUCUCUCUCUCUCUCUCUCUCUCUCUCUCUCUCUCUCUCUCUCCUCUCUCUCUCUCUCUCUCUCUCUCUCUCUCUCUCUCUCUCUCUCUCUCCAACUCAGGCUUUCUAUUUAUCUCAUGCCCGCUCAAUCUCUCCCUCAUGCCCUCUCUCUAUCCCUCUCUCUCACUCACACCCCCUCAUGUUGUCUCUCUCUCCCUCCAUCCCUCUCUCUCAUGCUUUUUUUUCUCUCUCUCUCUAUUUCUCUUUCUCUCUCUCACGCUGGGGCCAUAACGUUUGUGAGUUAUUACCUUCGCCAGAAGAGUAGGGGGAAAAGGCCAUUGCUCUAACACACUGUUCCGGCUAACCUCCCCCAUGACUGUUAUCAUUAUUGUUAUGGUGUAAUGGCCAACAUACACGACGGCCUAGAUCUGUUAGCACUGUGGAAAAUGACUGUGAUACUGGGAGAGACAGAGCGAGAGGGGAGGAAGUGGGGGAAAGAGAAAGGGGGGAGUGACUGAGAGGGAAAAAGGGAUAAGAUGGAUAGAGCAGAGGGAGAAAAAUGUGGUGUCAAAUACUCUCUGUAAAGGUCAGGAAGAAUGAUGGAGGAAGAAGAUAAGGGACAGAAAAAUGAAAGGAAAAGAGUAAUUAUGGAAGGAAGAGAGAUAGGAGGAGAGACGGAGAGAGAGUAGCAGUGUCCCCUCUGAUUUGUGGGAGCAAUUGAUGGGCGGACUGGACCUCUCAUUUUGCACAAAGACAGAGGUGUCGAGGAAGGAGGAGAAGGGGAGGAAUAAAAGAGGAGGAAAAGAGAUAGGGAGUGGGAUGGCCCCGCCUGGUCCUCCCUCCCUCAACCAUCUCAUCCCAUCCAUCAGUGUUUCUCUCUCAUCCCUCUUUCUCUUGUCCCACGCCGCGUCACACUGUCGCCCGCCGUUUGUCACCCACACCCCUCCGGGCUCAGGGAACACGGUAUCGAUCUGUUUGUGUGUGUGUGUGUGUGUGUGUGGAGGGGGGGGGGGGGGGGUUGGGGGUCAUUAGCGGGGUACGUGAGAGGCCUAGACAAACGCGGCAAACAGGUCAGGUGUGUGUGUACGACUGUGUGUGUGUGUGUGUGUUUGGGGGUGGCAAGAAUGAGAAGGGGUCAUUGGGAAGGUACGUGAGAAGACUAUCCAAACACACUUCUCUCUGAGACUUGGGCGCUAAGCGGGCGCGAGGUUUGUUUGCGCACAUACAAUUACACACAUCCCACUGGGCACACACUGAUUGAAUCAACGUUGCUUCCACAUCAUUUCAAUGAAAUUACGUUGAACCAACAUGGAAUAGAUGUUGAAUUGACGUCUGUGCCCAGUGGGAUGUGUGUGAGUUAUGUAAGAGACAGUAUUAACCUCCCCCACACCUCUCACUGUAUAUGAAGGGAAGUUUAAUGCCAAGGCUUAGUGGGGCCACAGAUGAGCUAAUGAGCGUGUUUCAGGCGUUGUGAAAGCCGGCGUCUGUUAAAUACUGUGUUUUAAAACUUCACGCUCCGUCAACUGUGCAAUCACAGCCAGGAAAACCGCUAUCUGUCUGAUGACCCCCCCCCAGUGAUGACUCUGUCUCUCUCUCUUCAUCUCUCUCUCUCCUUUUCCUAUCUGUCAAUUUAUCGCUAUUUAUCCCUCUCAAUUCCCCCCUUUCUUAAUCUCUCCCCUUUUUCUUGCUGUUCUCUCUCUCCCUGUGUGUCCCUGUGGGUCUGUCUGUGUGUCCCUGUGGGUCUGUCUGUGUGUCCCUGUGGGUCUGUGUGUCUCCCUGUGUGAACAUUUACAUUUACAUUUUAGUCAUUUAGCAGAUGCUCUUAUCCAGAGCGACUUACAGACCUGUAGGUCUGUCUCUGUGGGUCUGUCUGUGUUUCAGAGACAGAGAGAGAGAGAGAGAGAGAGAGAGAGAGAGAGGUUCUGUCUGUGUGUCUCCCUGUGUGUCCCUGUGGGUCUGUCUGUGUGUCUCCCUGUGUGUUUCUGUGAGUCUGUCUGUGUGUCUCCCUGUGUGUCCCUGUGGGUCUCCCUGUGUGUCCCUGUGGGUCUGUGUGUCUCCCUGUGGGUCUGUCUGUGUGUCCCUGUGGGUCUGUGUGUCUCCCUGUGUGUCCCUGUGGGUCUGUCUGUGUAUCCCUGUGGGUCUAUGUGUCCCUGUGGGUCUGUGUGUCUCCCUGUGUGUCCCUGUGGGUCUGUCUGUGGGUCUGUGUGUCUCCCUGUGUGACCCUGUGGGUCUGUCUGUGUGUCUGUCUGUGUGUCCCUGUGGGUCUCCCUGUGUGUCUCCCUGUGUGUCCCUGUGGGUCUGUCUAUGUGUCUCCCCGUGUGUCUCCCUGCGUGUUUCUCUGUGGGUCUGUCUGCGUGUCUGUUUGUCUGUCUGUUGGUAGCUAGGUUGUUCAUGUAAAAUAUGUUUUUCUCGUGGACUCACCUGACUUAAAGAUUUCAUUUUUCUUUCUCUUCUCUCCUUCUUCCUCUUACCUCUCCCUCUCUUUCUCUUUCUCUCUCUCUCUCUCUCUCUCUCUCUCUCUCUCUCUCUCUCUCUCUCUCUCUCUCUGUCUCUCUCCCUUCCACCUUCUCCCUCCCUCUCUCUCAGGUGGAGUUGAACUGGGCAUAAAUGCUAAGGGAGUGAGGCUGAAACAUUGGUUUGAGUGUCUCAAACACAUCGGCAAGAAAGUC